AUGGUUAUCAAAAACUUGGUGUCCUUCAUCUGGAGUUUCAUCGGCUACAGAGGGCGGAAAAGGAUCAAAAGCUCGUCUCCACACGAAGCGAUUGGGCUGAAACUCUGUGAAGAUCUUGAUGGGGCCGAGUUGUGUUGCGUGUGUCUGUCGAGUUUAGAGGAGGGGGGAUCAGAAGAUUGUGGCACGCGGGUUCUUCCUUGCUUGCAUGAGUUUCACAGGGUUUGUAUCGCUACGUGGUUUAGCGGGCGUCGGAAAACGUGUCCGGUGUGCCGCUUUUUGGUGGAAGAUGAGGAGAAGCCUCAGACCAAGGAGGAUUUGACUGAGGAGAUGGUCAUAUGGUUUUCUUCCUUCCAUGUUGCUGGUUUUUGA